GGAACCCAAAGUCCUGACCAGACAUCUUCUGAAAAAACUCCAGAGAGGCGCAGCAGGCAGACGAGAGGAGACACGAUGACUUCCAGUAAGAUCGAGAUCCCCGGAGAGGUGAAGAGCGACCCCGCUGCUCUCAUGGCAUCCCUCCAGCUGAUGCCCUCCCCGGUUCCCAACCCGGAGAUCAAGUACACCAAGAUUUUCAUCAACAAUGAGUGGCAGGACUCGGUCAGUGGGAAAGUCUUUCCUACCUACAACCCGGCUACUGGAGAGCAGAUCUGUGAGGUCCAGGAAGCAGACAAGGCUGAUGUCGAUAAAGCGGUGCAGGCCGCUCGUCUCGCCUCUUCUUUGGGCUCCGUGUGGAGAAGGAUGGAUGCAUCUGAGAGGGGUCGCCUGCUGUCUAAACUGGCCGACCUGGUGGAGAGAGACAGUGUCUAUCUAGCAACUAUUGAGUCACUGAACAGUGGGAAGCCUUUCCUGCCCACCCUGUUUGUGGACCUCCAAGGAACCAUAAAGACACUGAGGUACUUUGCUGGAUAUGCAGACAAGAUCCACGGCACCUCCAUCCCUAUGGAUGGAGAGUAUCUGACAUUUACCAGAUAUGAGCCCAUUGGAGUUUGUGGACAAAUUAUCCCCUGGAACUUCCCUCUGAUGAUGACAGCAUGGAAGCUGGGUCCAGCAAUUGCAUGUGGAAACACUGUUGUCCUGAAACCUGCUGAGCAGACUCCGCUCACCUGCCUCUACAUCGGUGCUCUCGUCAAAGAGGCCGGCUUUCCACCGGGAGUCAUCAAUAUUUUGCCAGGAUUUGGGCCAACGGCAGGAGCUGCGAUCGCUUCCCACAUGGGCAUAGACAAAGUGGCGUUCACAGGAUCGACUGAGGUCGGCAAGCUGAUCCAAGAAGCAGCUGGGAAGAGUAACCUGAAGAGAGUGACGCUGGAGCUUGGAGGAAAGAACCCCAAUAUCAUCUUUGCAGAUGCUGAUUUGGAUCUGGCUGUAGAACAGGCCCACCAGGGUGUGUUUUUCAAUGCAGGCCAGUGCUGCACGGCAGGCUCUCGUAUAUUUGUGGAGGAGCCCAUAUAUGAGGAGUUUGUUAGAAGGAGUGUGGAGAGAGCCAAGAGGAGGAUAGUGGGCAGCCCCUUUGAUCCCACCACUGAGCAGGGUCCACAGAUCAGUAGAGAGCAGCAGAAUCGGGUGUUGGAGUUUGUCCAGAGCGGCAUCAGUGAAGGAGCCAAGCUGGAGUGUGGAGGCAAAGCUCUGGGCUUAAAAGGGUUCUUCAUUGAGCCCACUGUUUUCUCUAAUGUGAGGGAUGACAUGCGCAUCGCCAGAGAGGAGAUUUUUGGACCAGUCCAGCUGAUCAUGAAGUUCAAAACUAUCGACGAAGUGAUAGAGAGAGCCAACAACACGGAGUAUGGUUUGGUUUCAGCUGUAUUUACUAAUGACAUCAACAAAGCCAUGACCAUAUCCACCGCCAUGCAGGCCGGCACUGUCUGGAUAAACUGCUUCAACGCUCUGAGCACACAGUGUCCAUUUGGAGGAUAUAAAAUGUCUGGCAAUGGACGUGAAUUGGGAGAAAGUGGCUUGAAGGAGUACUCAGAAGUGAAGACCAUCACGAUGAAGAUGGUUGCCAAAAACUCUUAAGGCAGCCACACUUGUUUUUGGUUGGAGGUAGCAUCUUCCUCAUCAUCGCCGCCUCUUGUCGGUCCGUCCACGAUGGUAAACCACAUUUACUAUUCAAACAAGUUAUCUCCAUGGUAACUACAGGCUGUGACCACUCGCUGCCCUCCCAGGUCCUCCAUCUACUCCACCUUGCUCACCAUGGACAGUCAGCUAAUCCCUGUCCAGCUCGCUCCAGUUUGUGGACUGUCUCCAGUCUAGCGGACUAUUACUGAACUACUCCCCAUGAUGUAUACCUCCUCCACUAACUACACUAAAGCACUCACAGAUACGAUGAGGGAGGCUGAUCUGACUGCAAACCCAAUAACGACCCCCCCCUCCCAGCCACUACACCCUUAUCCUCCUCCUCCCCUCAGAUGCUGGAUGCUCAGAGACUCAGUCGCUGCACUUGCAAUCAAACCUUUACAAGCAACUUGUCAUGUGUCAGGAGGUGUUUUUUUUUUCUCUGUACUGUGUGGCAUGAUCGACAAAAACCUCAUGUGUCAUUGUCUCGGUAGAAUUUAUGCAAGCAUGUCAGCUCAUUCCAGACCACUGAUAUGAAUGGAUGAAAUGUUAAUUCAGAAUUUAAAAUUGAUCUCUAAUUGCCUUUGUUUAUAUUUUAGCUUGUAUGACUAAACACUGUAUGUCAACCUUUGACUGAUGUAAACGUGAAGAUUUUAACCUCUUAAAAGCAUUUUACUCUCACUUGCUAAGAGGAGUAGAUGUAUUUUAAACAUUAUGUAACUGAUUUUCAUUGAUGUCCUAUGUUUAUGUUUAUAUAAUCAUAUGCUAUAAAAUUGUUUAAUGGCAA